AUGCACCUCCCCCACGGCUGGCACCUGAGCCCAGAUCGGGUUCUGAUGCCGUCGAUCCCGGCCACCGGCCGCGCACGCCUGACGGAGAUCCAUAGGCGGCACGUGCAGCCGGCGGAUCUCCGGGAGGACCCCUCCUACAGCGACACGAGUCCCUACUGGGACUUGUGGUUCGAGGUGGAGCAUGAUAGGUGGAUCCGCCGGGUGAAGAAGCAGUACCUCAAGGCCUCUUUGACCAAGUGUGUUGGGCUGGACUGCAAGUACACCCUCGCGAAGCCAGUGCACAAUGAUACAAUGUCAGAUGCCCUAAGGGAAUUCCUUGGCGAUGAUUCUAUCAACUUCUACGGUGCCGCUGUCGGCAACGAUGUGAAGAUGCUCAAGUACUACGGCAUCGCAUCCAUUUCGGGGAUGCGUGACCUCCAGAGGAUGAUCCCGAACCCGGGGACCAACUAUUCUCCUUCUCCAUAUGCUAAGUCGAACCAUUCCAUUGGGAGAAAGCUUGUGAAGAAGGUUCACAAUUCAAUCAGAUGCGACAACUGGUUGGAGGUUUCAUUGUGCUUUGAUCAUAUCAUGUAUGCCUCUCUAGAUGCUCACCUCUUCUUCAAGGUAGCUAUGACGCACUGGCAUCUACGUGGCUACAAUAGCAUUAGGGAUCAGCUCAAUGUAUAG